UACAAGCUUGGACAAGCGAUUACAAACAUCGAUAGGGUCUUCGAAGACACUUAGCUGCUUACCUGGUUGGGUUGUUUGAAUUGGCUGAUGGGAGGUUGUGUCCCACCGAAUUUUUGCAAGGCCGAUUAAUACAAACCGGGGACAAACACAGAACACUUUGCGAGAGCAGUCGUCCGGUGCUGGAAGUCUCCGCGUGAUCCGGGAGUAAAUUACAGUCAUGAUGCAAUCAGCUCAGCAGCUGCCACCCGAGGCCCAGUCCUGGGUCAUGAAGCAGGCAGGACAAGCCAUGAUGAACUCGGCCCAGCCGCCGCCGCCGCAGCAGCAGCAGCAGCAGCAGCCGGCGCCCGACGCGGCCGCCGCCCCGCAGGCGCCUUGGUGGAUGAAGUACGCCUCCAAGGGCGUGGGGGCCAUCGGCGGACUGAUCGCCAUCGGCCUGGGCGCCUUCAACUGUUUCACGCUAACGCCGCUGUACCUGGUGGCUGGCAUCUGGCAGAUGAUGGCCGGCUUCGUGGUGACGGUGCUGGAGGCGCCGUUCCUCUGCAUGUUCAUCGACUUCGUGCAGACCGCGAGCAAGAAAAUGGAUACGUUGUCGCCCUUCUUCAAGGGCGGGCUGUACAUUGGACUGGCCAUCCCGGCAGUGCUCAUGUGCGGCACGGCCUCCAUCAUCAUCGGCUCGGGCCUGAUCUUCGUGGCGGGGGUGCUGAACGGCCUGAUGGCGCUCGGCAGAAAGGCGUCUCGUAAGGAGAUGAUGGACAACGCGGCAGACAAGAACCCGAUCGUCAACGAGGCGCAGCCAAUGGCCACAUCGUAAGGGGCGCCGCUCCGGACCGGGCACCGGUCUCUGGACCUGUCUCCGGCUGGACACCGGACCGGACUGGACCGGACAUCGGUCCCCGGACCUAUCUCCGGCUGGACACAGAAUCGGAUCGUCCCCGGCCGGACGCCGGGGCGGCGCCUGUGCCACCGCGAGCCCGGCGUCCGGCCGACGGGACCGGGUGCGCGGCACCGCCGCCGACGGCGCCCUGUCCUGGCGCCUCCCGUCGGCGUUGUCGCGCGCUGACGGCUAUUUAUUGGAGAGGGCCGCCGCCCGGUAGCUUCCCCUGGCAUUGUUGGGUACGAGAGGCCCACAGGUGCCACGUGAACCUGCGGUAUUCGUGGUGGUCGUUCUAAUUUGAUGGGGUAGCCCUGUUUAUAGGCGAUGGUUAACUCAACUAGCCUAGUGAUGACAGCAUAUCCGAAGUCAAUGGGAUUGUCUGUGGGGUGCCGUCCUCGCGCGGCCACGUCUCAAUAGCGAUUGAUGGACUUUGUAACCCAUGUGCUACUCUCUGCCGUGUCUCCCUGCUGCCAUGAUGUUACCACCCGAUGUCAAGAAACGGGGGCUAAGUAUUCUAUUAUUCGUUCUGCACCUUGGAGUCGUACGACCUUGGCCGUGGCCGUCAUCGCAGUCUGUGACGCGCGCCGUCUCCAGCGGUGUCUCAGGUACCUGUGAGUCAGGUACGCGCCGCCAGCGCGGGCGUGACUCAGAUACCCGUCGCCGUGGGGUCGGCUGGAGACGGCCGCCCAGGCGCGCCGCCGACCUCGACCCGCGACCGGUCACGUCCUCACGGGGCGGGGGCGAGCGGGCCGCCGGCCCAGAGGCGUGCGGCCGCUGACAGGGCGCGCUGCCGUCUGUAGAGGCUCACCAGCCGGCCGCGCACGCUUAGUUUCCAGCUUGUCGCUCAGUCACGUAGCCGUAGCGAAGUCGCGACAAAGGCUUCGGCUCGACCUAGCGUUGCUCCGGUGGUAGCGCGGCGGGUGCUGUAGGUUGCCGUGUCCGGCCAUACCACAGGCGUGUCGCUCAGACGCGGCGGCGACAGCGCUGCGACAUACGCACCAUCAGUCAGACGCGGUGGCGGCAGUGCUGCAACACAAGCGCCAUCAGUCGUGCGCGGUGGCGACGAGGCUGCGACACACGCCAUCGGUCGGUCGGACGCGGUAGGGACAGUGCUGCGUCACACGCGUCGUGUCAGAUACUGUGCGGACAGUGCAGCGACACGCGCCAUCGACAGGCGCGCGCGAGCCGUACCCGACCGGCGCGUCCGGUGUGACGUGUCCCAGUGCAUGAUUAAAUCGGUUAUCCCCAGCAAUUGCGGUGAUUUGGGCGGUUACGCGUCGUGUUACGGACCGGUGACUCUAUCUUGCUGAAAUGCUGCGCCUUUGGUGUUCUUCGUUGUAGUGUACUGUAUACAUUUUCGGUGUUUGGCGAGUGCUUUCAGGUGGUGCAGCUCCUAACGGGUGCUGGCGCGAGGUCGCGGCCCUCCCUGCGCCGGCCCGGUCACUCGCGGGCGCGCUCGGUCCGGUGCCCGGCCCGCGGCCGCGCUGACACGCGCCGGACAGCGUCCUCGGUGGCGUGACGUCACGCAGUCAGUCAUCUGGUGGUGCUGUCGCCGCGAGCGGGCGCGUGCGGACGCCGCCGCCGCACCUGCGGCGCUCCGUUGCCGCGGACUGGCGGAGCCGCCGGUCGCAUGGGCCCGUCACUGCGCCGGUAGCUGUGGUGUUCUAAUCUAGCCGGUGUGUUCGGUGUCGUCACAUUCCGACAUAUCCGGGCUGAGGGCCGGUUCAAUACACGAUCAGUUCCGGU